UUAGUUGCUUUGAGUCACAUCAUUGAGUCGUCGUAUAUUAAAACAUGAAACAUUUAAUAAAAUCAUAUAAAUAUUCUUGUUUAAUGCAAAAUUUUGGUCAUUAUCAAAGCGGGACCUUCGCAACUGCAGCCUAUCAGUUUAAAACCGAUAAGGUGAUUUAUUAUCCCGAUCGUCGCAAUGAGAAGCUCCGUAUAAAUGGACAAAAAAAUUCAGAAUUGAUUACCGAGUCGAAACAGCAGAAACAACUUCCCAAAGACUACUACUACAAGGUUCUUGGUCUUCGUAGACAAGCAACAAUGCAGGAGAUCAAAGCUGCCUACUAUGCGCAGGCUAAACGUUUUCAUCCUGAUUCAUCAAAUUUCAAUAACAAUGAACAAAUUUCGAAACGAUUUGAGGAAAUAUCAAAUGCAUAUCACAUUUUGACCGAUGAAAGCAAGCGCCUGGAAUACGAUCAAUUAGGUCAAGUUCAAAACGAGGAACAAUUUCUAAACAAUGUAAAUGCUAAAUGCCAAGGCAGGGAGUACACAAUAAAAAUACCAAAUGUUUUGACAAAUUUUAAAGAAUUGGCAAAACAAAAAGAGAAUUCACCAACAAUUCCUUCCACAAUAAAUGAUGAUAUCCGUAACAUGGUAAAUUCCGAACAAAAAUUGGACAUUACAUUUCUCGAGUCGGUGCACGGCGUUAAGAGAAUUGUUGAUCUGAAAUAUUUGGUCAAAUGCCCACAAUGCAAUGGCAAUUCACUGCGAAUGGCUGGAAGAACUAGUGUAGAACCAUGUCGUAAAUGCAAUGGAAAUGGACAAUUGAAGAAAAAAACCGCCACAUACACGGCCGUCUCUGUAUGCGAUCAGUGUAAUGGGAAACGCUUUGUGAAUCGUAAUCAAUGUGAUCUGUGUGAAUGUCGUGGAUUUGUGCAGGAAUCGAAUAGAAUAACAAUCCACAUACCAGCUGGAGUAAAAACCGGGGACGUUAUGUCCGUUGAGAACAGUAAAAAUGGACAACGACUCCACUAUAGAAUACAUGUUCAGGAAUCAAACUAUUAUCAACGUAUUGGAAAUAAUGUAAUUACCGAAAAAUACAUCAAUCUAACGGAAGCUAUUCUUGGCGCCACUGUUAAGGUUCGUGGUAUUUAUGAGAAUUUGGACAUGAACAUUGAACCAGGCACUGAGUCCCAUACAAGGAUCACUUUAAAAGGUAAAGGCAUACGAAGCCGUUGCGAUGGUAUUGGAGACCAUAUAGUUAUUGUUAAAAUUCACAUACCACGUAACUUGACCAUGAAACAGCGGCAAUUAAUUUUGGCACUGGCAAAAACAGAGAAUCCAACUUUCGAUGGCACUAUUUAGGGAACUGCCAAUAUUCAAUGUAUAUUUUAGCAAGCCGAAUUUAUAAAUAAAACAAUGCAUUAGCAGCACAAUUGUA